AUGGCGGCGCAGGCGGCGAGGCGCCAGGAGCUGGAGAGUCACCUGUUCCCCUGGGCCCCCGCCACCCACCACCAGCAGCCCUGCGCCUGGCUGCUGCGCCUGGGCCUGCACGGCGUGGGGCCCUGGCAGCGCGAGUGCCCAUGCGGUGGUGGCGGCGGCCCAGGGGCGGCGCCGUGGGGCGAGCACGCCCCGCUGCUGCGCCAGCUGCUGCCGCCGGGAGGCCCGCCACAGACGCACAUCAGCCGGGACGAGCUCAAGCAGCGGCUGGGCGGCUGGCUGGGCCUGCCUGCAGGCCAGGCACCCUGCCUAACAUCCCGGGCCGCGACAGCGGCGCCUCCUCCCGCCGACUGGGCUGCCUAUUACCGCCUGCGUGGCCUGCCCCUCGACUCUCCUGCCGCACUGCUUCUGGAUGCGGCGCUGACCACCUAUGCGGCGGUCCUGCGCCUGCAGCAGCAGCAGCUGGUGGCGCAGCUGCCCGAGGCGCAGCGGCGGCAGGCGGCAAGCCCGGCGGCCGGCCAGCCGCUGGCGUGGGGCGGCGAGGCGGGGCGGCGGCCAGAGGCGCCGCCGCAGCCGCGGCGGCUGGUGAUACACCUGCUGGGGCCGCAGAGGGAGCUGGAUGGCUGGCCGCUGCUGCUGGAGCUUGGCUGCCUGCUGCCGCAGCAGCAAGGCAUCGAGCUGCACCUCGUUGGUCCUCAGGUGCCCGCUUGGGCGCACGGCAGGAGCGUGCGCGUGCCCGCCCCCGCGGCAGGCACCUGCGGCGCCGCCGGCUGCAGCUGCGCCCGGCAGCAGCCUCCGCCGGCGGCCGGGGAGGUGCCGGCUGGCAGCCAGACGCUGGGGUUCUGGCGAGGCGCCUAUCACGAGCUGGCUGCUGAGCUGGCGCAGCGGCACGGCGCUCCGCACGUCGUGGUGGCGCUGAAUGCGGGGCUGGCCGCAUACGUGAGUUGGGUGCCCACACUGCGGCACCUGGCGGAAGCCAUGCAGCAGCUGGUCCCGCGCCCAGCCGCAGGCGACGUCACCACCGCCGGGCAUACAAGCGACAGUGGCGGCGGCAGCGGCGGCGGAGGCGGAGGCGGCGGAGGCGGCAGCAGCGGCCCGCUGGUGUGCUGCUUCACCGACUUCAAUGAAGAGGCGAUGCACCGGGCGCGGCAGCUGUGCGCACACGUGCUGGCAGGCUGUGGCGCCGCUGCCGGCACCGGUCCACGCGGCGAGCAGGGCAGCAGCGGCGGCAGCGGCAGCGACGGCGACGGCGGCGGCCUGUGCGGCGGCGUGGACGUGGAGAGCCGCAUGAAUGCGUUCCGCCGCCCGGCGGCGGUGCUGGCUGCCGACCACGCGCUGCCCUCUGCCGGCAACGGCUUUGCGCUGUGGCUGCUGCCGCGGGGCCCGCCACGGGGCUCGGCGGCACCUGGCGCGGUGCUGCGAUUUACAAGUAGGGAAGAAGAAGGAGAAGGGCGAUUGAAAUAG